AACGAACGUCCAUCAAUCCCGCCUGUAAUCCGUCUCUCUCUUUCGCGUCCUGUUAAAGCGAUUACGGCCAACGAGCCAACAACAUGGCGACAGAGUUCCACAACCUGCAGGAGCUGAGACACAGCGCCUCUCUGGCCAAUAAAGUCUUCAUCCAGAGAGAUUACUCAGAGGGAACCGUCUGCAAAUUCCAGACCAAAUUCCCCUCCGAACUGGACAGCAGGAUUGAGAAGACUCUGUUUGAGGACACGGUGAAGACGCUGAAUAAUUACUAUGCGGAGGCGGAGAAGAUCGGAGGCCAUUCCUACCUGGAGGGCUGCCUGGCCUGCAUCACCGCCUACCUCAUCUUCCUCUGCAUGGAGACGCGCUAUGAAAAGGUCCUGAAGAAGAUCUCGCGGUACAUUCAGGAGCAGAAUGAGAAGAUUUACGCUCCCAGAGGUCUGCUCAUUACCGACCCUAUAGAGAGGGGCAUGAGGGUCAUUGAGAUCAGUAUCUAUGAGGACAGAGGCUCCAGUGGGUCCAGCUCAGGCAGCAGCACCACCAGCAGCAGUGGACGAUGAUGCGCACACACGCGCGCACACACACACUCAAAC